ACAACCAAAGGGAGCCUGACCGCACAACGAUGCAACCUCCUUUUCAGAUGGAUAAUCUAAACCUGAAGGGUCAAAUGAAUCUAAACCUGGAGGCAGCCAUAGCAAGUGCUCGCCCCCAGCUAGUGGAGUUCCUCUGUCACCGUCCUGAAUGGCUGCUCAAGACCUCUCAGUGCUUCCUUCCAGGACUGACCUUCAGCAGUUUGGAUGGCAUCACUGACCACAAAGAGAAAGUCUCGGUGCUCCUUGACCUGCUGGAGAAUGCUGGUCCUGCCACCUGGAAACAGUUUGUACAGUACCUCUGCAUGGAGUGUGACCUCCCUCUGGAUCUGGAGAUACUGCUCAUGAGCUGUGCGGGAGAAGGAAAUUUAAGCCAGAAGCAAGAAGCACGUGCAGGUGUGAGUGCCCAGUCGUGCGCACGAACAGAGUUUGGUUGUCGCCGCCACAGCAGCAGCUCUAUGAGUGGUAAAGAUGCUAAACAGCAGCGACUAGAUUCAGGUGAAAGGUACCGACACCUCCUCAUCAAUUCAGUCCGCCAAAGAUACGGCAGUAGGAGAGCAGCUGGACCAGCAACACAGGGACAAAUACAGCCAUCGACUUUCAACCAGGCCUUUGUGAACCUUGUUAUUCGGCAGAGCAAAGCUUCUCGAUUAAAAGAGAGAGCAGAUAAGCCUCGAGAGGAUGUAGCACUUACUCCGGACACAGAAGAAUGUGCGGAUACAGUUGUGAAACUGUCAGAUCUGUUUGACAGUGUUGUUCGGUCAGGUACCACGAAAGUGAUCUUUCUUUUUGGCAAACCAGGUACAGGCAAAACCAUGCUAAUGCACAGGAUUUGUCAGAAAUGGGCAGAAGGUGUCUUACAUCAAUUUCUCCUCACUUUCCUGUUUGAGUUUCGGCAGCUGAAUUUAUUGAAAGGAAAACUGACUUUGAAGGAGCUUUUGUUUGACCUGUUUCUUCAGCCAGAAGACAACCCUGAUGCAGUGUUCCAGCACCUCCGGGAAAAUGCCCAGCACACCUUGAUCAUUUUUGAUGGGCUGGAUGAGUUUUCAGGUGACAUGGAUGUGUCAUCCUCUUCUAAGGAAUGCCCAGCCCUUCUAUCAGAUAUAAACAGAUAUAUGUCUAUAUCUGAACUCUUUGCAGACCUAUGCCAUGGAAAGCUCCUACCUGGCUGCACAGUGUUGGUCACCAGCCGACCUAAAAGACUACCUAACUUCUUACUAAACACAGUAGAUUUGCUAGCAGAAAUUUGGGGAUUUGACCACAAAAAGGUUGAGGAAUAUGUCAGCCAUUAUUUUCAUCAGUAUUCUUUCAGAGAACAAGCAAUCGCUCACCUGAAGAACAACACCAAACUCCUCAGCAUGUGCCUGAUCCCUGCUCUGUGUUAUGUUGUCUGCAUCUGUCUGGAAUAUUUGCUCCUUAAACAUCAGAUGAGUGUGGAGCUUCCUCAGACGAUGACACAGUUUUAUAUCAAAAUGCUUCUCAUCUUCAUAAACAAACAGCAGGGAGAGCAUGCAGGCAGUGAGGAGACUCAGCUGAACUGUAACAAGAAGGCCAUUUUGGGUCUGUGUGACCUUGCUUUGAAAGGUCUGGAAGAUAAGAAGCUUGUAUUUUAUGUUGGAGAUAUUCCAGAACACGUGAAAGAAUUUGCUUUGUUGCAUGGACUACUGACUGUCUUUGAGGUGAAGACAAGUGGCAGUCUCCCAGAGGCUGGCUAUGCCUUUGUGCACUUGAGUUUGCAGGAGUUUUUUGCAGCACUAUGUCUCAUGAUAAGUAAGAGAGUGGACAAGAACUACCUGAAGAAAAAGUUCUCUUUGAAGUCAAAAUGGACUUUAAAAAAUGAAGGAAAGACUGAGUUCAUGGAGAGUUUUCACAUCUUUCUCUCAGGUCUGUCUUCAAAAGAGUGUAGGACAUUCCUCAUGUUGCUGGCUGAACAAGAUGAAGCUUGGGUACAGGAUAAGCAAGGUGCCAUCCUGCAGUCUCUCAGGUGGCUGGCAUCCACUCAUCUGACAGGGCCUAAGGUCAUUGAGCUCUGCCACUGCACAUUUGAAACGCAAGAUCUUGAAGUAGCACAGCACAUUGGGAGCCUGCUGAAUUUCAAGCACGAGUUUAAAAACUUUAGACUGACACCUCUGGACAUGUCAGCUUUGGUUUUUGUCAUAAACUCGGGCCAGGAUUUGACUCACUUGGAUUUUGCAGGAUGUCCCAUGAACAUUGACUGUUUGGAGGUACUGGCCAGCUGUAAAAAUGUAGCGCACCUGAGCUUUCGGAGUAGGAGAUGUGGCGAUAGCUUUGCUGCUGCCCUUUCCAGGAGCCUACGAAAAAUGUGGAGCUUGAAGAAGCUUGAGUUGACAGGUGGGAUUAUCACAGCCAAGGGGCUAUCUAAUCUGAUCCAGGCUUUGUCACAUUGCCUCCAGCUUGAGGAAAUAAACUUGCGGGACAAUCGGAUACGGGACCUGGAGGUGAAGAGGAUGAUGGACGUGUUUUCCAGAAUGGAAAAGCUAAAGAAAAUAGAUUUGAGCUACAACAGUCUUUCCCUGAAUGUUGUUCUCAUCUUGGCAAAGGGAGUCGUCGGGUGUCAAAAUGCUACUGAACUGCAUGUCAGGAAGGACACCGUGAUAAUAUAUUUUUCUGGCCAAUCUGGAAAAGUGCCCAGAUCUUUGGAUUUGAGAGGGGAAGAGAAUAAGGAACGUGCGACUCAAACUACACAUAUGAAGUUAUGCUUGCACGGUUGCAGCUUGAGUCCUCAGCAUGCAGAGGAGAUCGUAGCCAUUCUCCAGAGCUGCCCCCGUCUCUCAGAAGUGGAUUUAUCAGGUAACAAGCUUGGAGAUGAAGGCUGCAGCUGUCUGCUGAAAAGUCUCCCUUCGAUAUCAAUUUCGAAGCAGUUGGAUCUCAGUGAAAACCACCUUUCUAUUGAAGGCAUUUGCAGUUUGUUGAAGUCAGUAAAUACCUGCCAGAAGAUAAUGGAGGUAGAAGUCAGCCUUUGCCAUAAGACUUCAAUCUUGAGAUUUACAGGAGACAGAGAAUUUGCUUCUCCUCAUCCCAGGGGAGAGCCAGUGUUCUCUAUUGGUGACCAAGAAGAUCGAGAGGAAAACCAGACACCUACUGCUACAAAAAAAAUAAGACUGACUGACAGUCAUUUUCAAGCCAGCGACCUGGAGAAGCUGUGUGCAGUCCUGAAGGAAUGUAGCAGUAUCUCAGAGCUAGACCUAUCAAAUACUGCUCUGGGAGACAAGGGCCUUUGGCAGCUGUUUCAGUUCAUCCCGAGUUUGAAAGUGUUACAUUCACUCAAGCUGAAUGACAAUCAGAUCUCCCUGAACUCUGUGUUUUUCUUAGCUCAGUCCUUAUCUGCACUGGAACGCAUUAAAACAAUGAACCUCAGCUUAGGACACAUGCAGGUGGUUCAUAUAACCUUUUGGGAAAGAAUCAGGGUCAGAAGUACCAGCAGAUCCAGAAGAAGCUUCCUGGCAUGUGCUAUGCCUGUAGCAAAUGGCCAGUGCUUUAGUCUCAGGGACUGCACAAUGGGUCCUGAGGAUGUGACCAGGCUGUGCCAGAUCCUGGCUGAAUGUACCCAACUGACAGAAUUAGACUUGUCUGGAAAUUCAUUGAGUGACCAGUGCAUUGAGAGAUUAUUGACCUUCCUGCCUUACCUCUGUCAUCUGACACUACUGAGUAUUAGGAACAAUAACUUUUCUCCACAUUGCACUGUCUUACUGGUCAACUCCAUCAAUCUCUGUGAGCGGAUCAGAAAGGUAGAAGUGAGGUCAAGUGAAAAUGCUUUUUUGCAUUUUGGAGCAAGUAUGGAAAGUGAAGAGACAUCCUGCAGACUGAUUGACUGCGCCAUCAGUCAAGGGCAGAUAGGUGAGCUCUGCAGAGUCCUGAAGCAACAUGGGUGGAUGGCAGAAGUAGAUCUUUCCAGGAAUCAGUUGGGAGAUGAAGGCCUGAGGUGCCUCUUGGACCACUUGCAUCAAGCACCCAUUACCUGUUCCCUCAAUCUCAGCCACAACAAGAUUUCUCAGGAUGGAGUUCUGGAUCUCAUAAAUGCCUUUUUAACAUCUGGAAAUACCACUGAAGUUCAAGUCAGCUUGUGCUCCAAAGCAGCUUUAAUCAUCAAGCUGACAAGUGGAGAUGACCCAAGAAAAAAUUUGAGACUCACAGAAUGCAACUUUCAGCCAGAGCACUUGGAAAAGCUGUGCAUGGUCCUGGGAAAGUGCUCAAAUCUGACAGAAUAUGUAUCCUCAAAGAACAAUGUGACAGUCCAAGCUGCAGAGGCUCUUUUGCAUUCCCUGAAGAAAAAUCUGGGUCCUCUGAAAAUCAGCAUAGAAGAGCCAUGGGUAUGUAAAGAAAGUGUCACAAGUCUUCUUGAGCUCGCUAUCCAGGCCUGUGGGAACUUAACCGAGAUCACGAUAUGUAAAGAUAAAACCCUCUUCCAAUUAUGCAUGGUGUUCCCACCCUGCCUGGAGAAGGUGGAGUCAGUCGUUAGCAGACUGAACCUGUGCAAGCUGGAAGUCAAGCGUGCUUGUUUCUAUCAAAGAGUUCGUGAAAAAUGUGCUCAGCUUCAGGAACUGAGAUGGUCUCACGUUGAGCUCCAUGGUGACGAAGCAGAAAUGCUAGUCAGUGUUCUGCUACCUCUUCCAGAGUUGAAGAAGUUUGGGCUGACAUCUAGCAGUAUUAUGCCAACUGGAGUUGAUUACUUGAUCACUGGCUUGCAGAAGUGCCAGGCUAUUGAGGAGCUUAACCUAGGCCACAUGAGACUCAGUGAUGCUACCCUUCCUAAGCUUGUGCUAGGACUCUGUGAGAUGCCAUCUCUGAAAAGGCUUCUCUUGAACCAUAACAGUAUUGAUGAUGAUGGCUGCUCCACGCUCACAGAAGCCUUGAGGAAAAUGCACUACUUGGAGGAAAUAAAUUUAAGUCACAACAAGAUUGGAGAUCCAGGCCUGAUAAAUAUAGCUGCUGUCCUGCUGCAAAUGCCAAACCUGAAAAGAAUCAACCUGUCUGGAAACAAUCCUAGUCCUGUUGGAGGAGAAAAGCUCAUGGACGCUCUUGCCCACUGCAAACAUGUCGAGGAGUUACUACUACCUAGGAAUGUUUUUGGUGACAAGACAGCAGUGAAACUUGCCCUCUGUCUGCCUCGCAUGAGUGACCUGAAGAUCCUGCACUUUCAGGACAAUAACAUUGGGCCAACAGGAGGCACAGAGCUGGCCAGAGCCCUGGUGGGAUGUCGGCUGCUGAAAGAGAUAAGCUUAUCAGAAAAUAACCUUGGGGAAGGAGGUAUUCAUGUCCUGUCUGAGGGACUGCCGUGCUUUGAACACCUCCAGAAGAUUGACUUGAAACUGUGUGGAAUCACUGAUGAUGCUUCUAAAUUGCUUUCUCAUGGCUUCAGACAGUGCCCGUCCAUGGAGGAGAUAAUAUUGUCUUGGAACACACUUGGUGACAGAGGGGCCCAAGAGUUGGCCAGUGCUCUCCCAAGGAUGGAAAAGCUGAAGAUGUUAGAUCUGGAGAAAAAUCUCAUUGGAGCCUGUGGGGCCACAAAGCUAGCAGAGGAACUUGCCAAGUGCCCAAAAAUUCAGUUCAUAAGGUUGUGGAACAAUCCGGUGCCUAAGGGCCUCGCUGAGAAUUUGACAAGCCAAGACUCAAGAUUGUGUUUCUCCUUCUAUUAUUAAAGAAAAUCCCUUGAGUGACUAGGAGCUGCUCUCUUUCUUCCAUUGCCCUUAAAAAUUGCACUAAAAGGGAUUCUGAAGAAUCUAGGAAGCCAAAAUCUGUACAAAUAAAAACUGUAAGCAUGAGGUCUUCCUUCACUGCACUUAACCAAGUUUCAACAUUUACAUGUUUUCUGUUUAUUGUGAGCUUUUAUGGGAUAUUUGAUUAAGACACUAGUAAAAGAAUGAACGUCUUCCAGAGGAAGAUGUAAAAUCUGACACUAUUAGAAAUGCACUCAAAUAGGCUGUUUGAAAAUUGUGAAAUAUAGCUAUGAUUCUGAGAAAAAACUGUAAUAUAUAUAACUGUAGUACGUGUAUAUAUAUAUAUAUAUAUAUAUAUAUAUAUAUAAUGUUUGCUUUGUAGCAAGCUCCUUUUCCUACAGAAUUGCCUCAGUUUCCUAGUGAAAACUUAACUUCUGAAAUUUCAAAUCAUUGUCCAGCAACAACCAGUAAUUGUGCUAUGAUGAUGUGGAAGGGCCAGCAUCAUAGAUUUCAGUGAGAAAAUGUAAAGGACUGAGGUUGCAAAAUAAUUUGUAACAAAACUGUUCAGUGUGAGGGGAUAUUCUCAUAUGUGCUUUUCUAGAACUUUGGGUUUUUGCAAUGUUUAGUUGCACUGAUCUCUGAGGUGAAGUGAGUGGCAAGUUACCUCAAAAUGCUGCUGUUCUGACUACACAAGGGACCCUUCAAGCUUUCUACCAUUCCCUAAAUCCCAAAGCCUGCAUAUCUCUAGGCAGUGGAUGUUGGGUGUGUGGGAACUGGAGGGAGAAGAUCCCAAGCACUGAGUUUGCUGUGUAGCAGAUGAGACAGACCAUGACUGCCCCUUGCAUAUGUGGAAUGAGUUGGGUGAUGCUAUUCAAGUUAUUUAUUAAGUUGUUAUAUUGUAUGUACUUCUUAUUACAUAUUUGUGCUGGAGAUAUUUAAUCCUUGUGGUGAGUUUAUUUAUGGUAUUUUAUUUACAGCAGCAUUCGCUUGGGGAUAGAUUGUUGGUCUAAAUUGGGCAAAGCAGGCUUUUGGAAUGAAACAGAAAGGCUGAUCAGGCAAACCUUUGAGCAGAAGAGAUGGACAGCUGGUGCCUGUUAUUUCUGGAGGAGCCACUGUCCUUAUUUAAGGAUAACAUUAAGUUCUGUGAGAUAUUGAUGUUAUUGUACAGAGGGAGGAUGUAUUUUGCAGAGCAAACUGUAUUCUGAAAAGGAUUUAAAAACUACAACAAAGAAAAUAUGCUGAAAUUCCUUAUUAGGCUCUAAUUCAAGUACCUGAGAUUUAAACACUGGAGUUUAAGUAUAAGCUUUACUAAAUGUGGCUGCUAUUGUUUCAGAUAUAUGUAGUUUCAGAUCUAAUUUGCAGAUGAAAAUCUUUCUAGUGCCCAUCAAAGGAACAAAGCGGCACAAAAGGUAGUGUGAUCACCUUCAAAAAGGUGUCUUAUACUGUUGGCUCUUCACAGCUCUCCAGGACAGAGUGACCACUACUGUCAAAGAGAUGUCUGCCUAGUUCCAUUGUAUUGUAUUUCUUGUAUUGAUGACAAGUACUACUGUAUUUUGAUUUGAUUUGAUUCAGGUGUUAUGGUAAUUUAUUUUUCACUGCUUUGAAACAUGCCAUCCUGUAUAUUGUUUUUCCUUCAUUUUUUGUGAUGAGAAUAAAUGUGCUC